AGACUCCUUUCGAAUAGCCACAUCUUUCUCAACAGUAGCACAUAUUAUAACUUUCUGGAUUCUUCUCAUCUCCUUUUUGCCCUUAGGUUCACACCCACACAAAAAUACCCACAAAGAAAAAACAUAAAAAUCUGGCUAAAGGAAAGCACAAUAUAAACCAACACACCCCAUUUCACUUGCCCAUUUGCCCACAACACAUAAACACUUCUAAUCACACAGAGACUUUGAAAAGAAAUAAUAAUAAGAUAAUUCAAACAAGGGAGAAGAGAGAGACUUUUGUUUGUGUGUAUAUAUUACAUGUAAAAAAACCUAUCUUUUUGUAAAUCAAUAAAACAAACCCUCUUUAAGAACCAGCAAAACUGAUAAUCUCGCAUCCAAUUUGAAAUCUUUUGGUUGAAUUCUUUGUGGGUUUUUAAUACAAUGUCAGGCUCCGGUGGCGUUUCGAUUGCCCGAACCCGUGGUGAGAAUCGGUUUUAUGUGUCUCCGGGUAUGCGACAAAAGCAGCAGCAGCAACAGCAGCAGCAGCAACAGAAGCCGCAGCAACAGAGGCCGUUGAUUUCAAAGAGUUGUAUGGUGGAGGUGGAGAAAAGGGGAGAGUCCGAUCAAUGUGGGUCUUCUUCUUCAUCGGUGUCGAAUUGUUCCGUUUCGGGUCGGGUAGGGAUUGAAGGAAAUUCAACUAAUUUAGAUCGUUUCUUGGAGUAUACUACUCCUGUUGUUCCUGCUCAAUAUUUGCCUAAGACAAGUGUUAGAGGAUGGAGAAAUCACGAAACUGAGCAUCAGCCCUACUUUGUGCUGGGGGAUUUAUGGGAAUCUUUUAAAGAGUGGAGUGCAUAUGGAGCUGGUGUUCCCCUUCUGUUAAAUGGAAGUGAAACUGUCAUGCAGUAUUAUGUUCCCUAUUUGUCUGGCAUUCAGUUAUAUAUAGACCCAGCAAGACCUUCCCCAAGAUUAAGGAGGCCUGGUGAGGAAAGUGAUGCCGAGUCAUCUAGGGACUCUAGUACUGAUGGUAGCAGUGACUAUGGAGCGGAGAGAGGAGUAAAUGGCGUAUGGGGGCCUCAGACCCAGAACAAUAUUACAGAUGCAAAUAUUCAGAGCUUGAAUAGACUUUCACUGAGAAAUAAACACUCGAGAGGUUCUUCCAGUGAUGAGUAUGAGAUUUCCAACCCUCCAGGUCGUCUUGUUUUUGAAUACAUGGAGCAUGCUUCUCCAUUUACUCGUGAGCCUUUGGCUGACAAGAUUUCAGCUCUUACGUGCAACUUUCCUGGACUCAAGACAUUUAGGAGCUGUGACCUGUUGCCCUCAAGUUGGAUUUCUGUGGCCUGGUAUCCCAUAUAUAGGAUCCCCAUGGGUCCAACACUACAGAAUCUGGAUGCCUGCUUUCUAACCUUUCAUUCUUUAUCAACUCCCUUUCAGAGUCUGAACACUGAUUGGUUGCACUUUAAUGGUUCUAGUGGUAGGGAGGUUUCAUGUGCAGACAUGCCAGUCAAGCUACCUCUGGCUACAUUUGGCCUUGCUUCCUACAAGUUUAAAGUUUCAUUCUGGAAUCCGAACGGAGCUUAUGAAUGUCAAAAAGUCAAUUCGCUGUUGCGAGCUGCUGACAACUGGCUUAGGCUUUUGCAAGUAUACCAUCCUGAUUAUAUGUUCUUUGCCUCCCACAAUUCAAACUGGAGAUGAUUGGAAGUUCAGCGCACCAGAUAUAAACAUAAAAUUUGGAUUGGAGGGGAUGGGUGUAUGGGCAUUAGCUUAUUAGGGUUGUUUUUGUAACUUUAUGGAGCAGCGCGUUAUGAUUGAUUCUCAUCCUAAAGUUUAUGUAGCCGAACCAAAUAGCCCAUGGACUGAUCUGGUGUUGGCUUUUAUGCGAGGUGUUGCGUGUUGGGGGAUAAUUUUUUUGGAGAAGCUUUGUGAUUGGUAGUCAUUAUGAUGGUGUUUGGUUGGGUCUCUAUGGACAGUUUUCCUGCCCUGAGAAACUUUCUCUUGCUGGUUGCUACAAUAGAACCUUUUAAUAAGUCUGCCGGAUGGUGAUGAAAAAGAAAAAUUAGUGAUUUUUGUAUAUACUUUGUGAUCCUAGUAGGGUCAUCAUGCUUGUACUAACAGUUUGUUUCUAAUAGGAACUUGUUUUGAUA